AUGUCGACCACUUUUGCUGAUGUCCAGCCUAUACCGGAGCCAUCGGCGACCAUUGCAGACACCCUCCUGUCCCUGAGCCUUCAGCAGCCAAUGGAAACUCAUCUCUUGACAAACUGGGACUCCGGCCUCUUUAGCUGUUGUGAUGACAUAAGUUCUUGUUGCUAUGGUUUCUGGUGCUGCCCGUGCCUUGCCUGCACUGUUGCAGGAAAAUUUGGGGAGAACCGUUGUCUUCCAUUGUGUGACAUACUCGGUCCUUCCAUAACUGCAGCCUGUGGGCUACCUCUGUGUGCACCUCCUGCAGGCUUGGGUCUAAGGGUUGCCAUUCGACACAGAUAUGGUAUCAAGGGUACAGUCUGUAAGGACAUUGUGUCCUCCUGCUUCUGUGUGUGGUGCUCCUGGUGUCAGAUGCAUCGUGAAUUAAAAUUUCGCAAGAAAAGCACUGUUGUUGUUGUCAACAUGCAGCCAGCUCCAGUGAUUAUGGCUCCCGGAAACACAGUACUUGUGAGCCAAUAA